AUGCUUGGAUUGGCUUGGGCAUUUCUACCAGAUAGAAGUGAUCUUAGAGAAGGUCUUAUUUUUGUGGGUCUUGCCCGGUGUAUAGCAAUGGUUUUAAUUUGGAAUGGAUUAUCAGGAGGUGAUAGUCAAUACUGUGCCAUUUUAGUUUCCAUCAACUCUAUUCUUCAAAUGAUUUUGUAUGCUCCUUACGCCAUUUUUAUGAUUAAAAUCAUCAGUAAAUCAAAUACUGAUGUGAUACUUUCAUAUUCUCAAAUUGCCAAAAGUGUGGGUGUUUUUUUGGGGAUUCCCCUUGGUGGGGGUAUUAUAACUCGGUUCGGGUUGAGACCGUUAAUUGGUGCUCACAAAUAUGAUAAUGUGCUUAUGAGGUGGAUGGGCUCACUUUCUUUAAUUGGUCUUCUUUUUACCAUUUUGAUUCUUUUCGCAUCUCAAGGCAAGCGUGUAGUUCAGCAAAUUGUUUCGGUUCUCAGAGUGGCUGCCCCUAUGGUGUGUUACUUUAUUUUAGUUUUUUUUUCAACAUUGGCUAUUACUCUCAAACUUGGGUUUGGAUAUAAACUGUCAAUAACUCAAAGCUUCACAGCAUCAAGUAAUAACUUUGAGUUGGCAAUAGCUAUUGCUGUCGCCACUUUUGGUCAUAAUAGUAACCAAGCCUUAGCUGCAACAGUGGGCCCUUUAAUUGAAGUUCCAGUACUGUUAGCUUUUGUAUAUAUUGUUAACUUUUUACACAACAAAAUGAAUUGGAAAUGA